CGUUGAAGACCGCAUAAAGCAAGGAAAUGCCCACAUUUAGCGGCUAACAUGCAGUUUGAAAGAUUACAAAGUGACAAUUGCAUAGAUGAGGUAAUAAAUACAUUCAAAGAAGAUUCAAAAAAUAGGAGUCACGGUAGUCGCGGAAGAGAGGGAAAUGUGAUAGUGUUGAUAUAAACUGUCUUCGGCGUCUGGUCCAGCAUUAAUCAAAGAGAAAAAAAACUAUUCAGUUCACUGGUGACGUUGGGAGCAGUUGAAAUGUCUAAAAUUCCACCUGCGGUUUCCGGAACAUGGCGUCAAUAUGCCGCAGCACUGACGAUCAACAUGGCAACAAUAGCGACAGGCAUAUCAGCCGGUUGGACAUCGCCAAUGAUUCCCCGUCUGCUAGCUGCGGAUACACCAGUUGGUGACGAGCCAAUGACACUAGAUCAGAUAUCCUGGCUGUCAUCAGUCACCUGCAUUGCGCCCCUAUUUGCGCUUCCAUUGUGCAAUAUUUUGUCUGAGAGAUUUGGCAGAAAAACAUUGGGAUGUCUCAUGGCAAUUCCCAUGGGAUUGUGCUGGCUCCUCACGCUUCUCGCCACCAAUUUCGUAUUUCUCCUCAUCGCGAGAAUCCUAGAAGGCAUGGGCAAUGGAAUGAUCAUCUUCCUAGUGCCAAUUUACAUAGCUGAAAUUGCUAGUGACGAUGUCAGAGGAAAACUCGGAAGUUUCUUGGGAGUUGCUGCGAAUUUUGGACUCCUUCUGGGAUUCAUACUUGGCGCUGUCAUGUCUUAUCAGAUGUUCGCUAUAUGCGGGAUGAUAGUGCCAAUUGUGUUCCUAGGUGGAUUCUUAUUCAUGCCUGAAACACCGAUCUAUCUUCUACGAAAAGGGCGAAAGGAAGAAGCUACUAGGUCUCUGAUGUGGCUCAGGAACAACGAUAAGGUGACAGUCGACAGCGAAUUGCGUCGCAUUGAGAAAAUGCUGGAAAAAGAAGUCAUGAUUUCCAGCAAAAAAGUCAGCUUUAAAGAUCUGUUCAGGAACCGAGGGACCAUUUGGGGAUUUGUCAUUGCACUCGCCUUACUUCCGGGUCAACAAACCUCGGGAAUUACUAUCAUUUUUACGUAUGCAGCGACAAUUUUCGAAUUGGCCGAAACAUCAUUGGAUCCAAAUUCCGCAGCAAUAGUCCUCGCAAUAAUGCAAGUGUUCGGCUCGAUUCUAUCAACAGCGACGAUUGAACGUGCGGGAAGACGAUUUCUCCUUCUGUUUUCAUGCGGUGGAAUGGCAGUUUGUCACAUCGUGCUGGGAUUAUUUUUCCUAUUUCAAUUUCUCGAUUAUAAUUUAUCAACCAUCAACUGGUUACCGAUCGUCACUCUGUCGUCGUACACAAUACUAUAUUGCCUUGGUCUAGGCCCAGUGGCAUUUGUGGUUUCCAGUGAAGUCCUCAGCUCUGAUAUAUCAGGUUUCGCCAAUUCUGUAGCAAUGUCAAUCGGGUGGAUCAUAUGCUUCGUUGUCAUCAAAGGUUUUCCAUUUGCUCGAGAUGCAAUUGGAGGCCACGGAUGUACUUUUAUUCUCGCAUUGUGCUGCACAUGUACUUUCUUGUUUACAUACUUUGCCAUCCCCGAGACCAAAGGGAGAUCGAUCGAGUCUAUCGUGAAGGAGUUGAAUGUUUCAUCGAAAAAAUCGAAAAGCAAUGAUUGUGAACUGUCAAUUAAACAUUAUCAACAGACACAAUCAGGUGGGUUCGAGAUGUCGAAAAAUUCAGCGGAGGGCUCUGGAAUUUGGCGACAAUAUGUUGCAGCAUCAAUCAUAAACAUAGCAGCAAUUUCAACGGGCGUAUCAAUCGGCUGGACUUCGCCGAUAAUUCCUCAAUUGCAAGAUGCAAAUACACCAGUUGGUACCGAGCCAAUGACGCAGGAUCAGAUAUCCUGGUUGACAUCAACUUUUUGCAUAGCAGGACUAAUCUCUCCACUAUGCAGCACAAUCUCCGAAAAAUUUGGGCGAAAGCCACUCGGCUGUGCGAUAGCCAUUCCCCUGGGAUUGAGCUGGCUCCUGACAAUCCUCGCGCAAGAUUUCACAUGUCUCCUUGUCGCGAGAGUCUUUACCGGCAUGGGCGGUGGCAUGACAAUUUUCCUCGUCCCCAUCUAUGUAGCUGAAAUAGCGCCUGACGAGGUUAGAGGAAGACUCGGGAGUUUCCUAUUGUUCGCAAUGAGCAUUGGAAUUCUCCUGAGUUUUAUUCUCGGAGUUGCCAUGUCCUAUCAGAUGUUUGCGAUAUGUGGAAUGAUUCUGCCGAUUGUGUUCGUCAGUGCAUUUGUUUUUAUGCCGGAGACACCGGUCUAUCUUCUGAGGAAAUGUCGCAUUGAGGAAGCUACAAGAUCCCUGAUGUGGCUUUGGAACAACGAUAAAGCAACUGUGGAUCGAGAGCUUAUUCGAUUGAGAAAAAUCAUUGAAGCAGAUGCAAGGUCCACCAAAUCUGUGGGCUUCAAGGAUCUGGUGCGAGAUCGUGGAACCAUAAAGGGCUCCCUCAUCGCAUUUGCCCUUCUGCCGGGACAACAGGCCUGCGGAAACUCUGUCGUCCUUACGUACAGCGCGACAAUAUUUCAGCUGGCAGGAUCCUCGUUAAGUCCAAAUGGUUCAGCUAUAGUUCUCGGAGUAGUGCAAUUGAUCGCGUCAUUCUUGUCAACAGCGACAAUUGAACGUGUUGGAAGACGCUUGCUCCUCCUGAUCUCCUGCGGGGGAAUGGCCAUUUGUCACGGUCUUCUGGGCUUAUUCUUUCUAUUCCAAGCUUUGGAUUAUGAUAUGUCGAUCUUCAGAUGGGCCCCAGUCAUCGUUCUAUGCUGCUUCACAACCCUUUACUCCAUUGGUCUGGGACCAGUGGCAUUUGUUGUGGCGUCUGAAGUACUAAGUUCUGAAGUCGCAGCAUUCGCUAAUUCGAUAGCCAUGUCGACGACGUGGAUUGUCUUUUUUACAGUUAUUAAAGGCUUUCCGUUGGCUAAUAGUUUAAUCGGAAGCUAUGGAUGCUUCUUCGUUUUCUCAUUGUGCUGCACAUGUACAUUUUUAAUAACGUACUUCAUCGUUCCUGAGACCAAAGGAAGACCGAUUGAAUCCAUACUUAGAGCGUUGAACGGUCCAGCCGAGAAGUCGAAAGGGGACUCUGCAUGCAAUGGGAAUUCCAUUGAAAUUCAGUAGACGGUAUUGUAUAUAGUGAUAUUUAUAGUCGCGUGGAGAAGGCGGAAGACAACAAGUAACUCAGGGAUACCCGUUGAAAGUGUGACACAAUUUUUUUUCAAAUGUUAGAAGUAUUAAGAGCACAAUUUUAGAUCAUUUGAGAGAUGAUGAGUGAUAUUUUUGGUCGCAAUGCAAUUGAUUCCGCCGACGAUGUCCCAUAAGUUUUACCUUUCAAUUGACCCGAUUAUAAUCUACUCCUGAAUGAUAACAAGCCGCAAGUAUCGGCAGCCAAAGGACUUUCGCUCUCUCGUACAAUUAUAUCAAUUGCGAUCAACCGUGUUCAAGUAAAUAAACUCUAUUACGUCCUGAGAAAUUCAUCAAA